GCUUUCAAUCAUUAUGUCCAAAAGAAGUACGUUGAACUCGUCAAAGAUAUCAUUUUUGAUAUACCUUCACUUGUUGGUCUCACUUGUUACAUGUCUACUGACAUACUGAUAGUUCUUUAGUUGACAGCGUUACACUUUUUAUUUUUUUCCGUUUUCAAAAGAAAUUAAAAAAACCCUGAUGAACUGGCAGCAUGAAAAUUCAUAUAAUGACGCGAGUAACGCCAACCUCCGAUCAAUAUUGGCGUAAUUAAGAAUAUUUCAUGACGAAACAUUAUGGUGGAAACAUGCAUGACAUGAUGGAAUAUAUAAAUGUAGACGAGGUCUUGUUGCAUGAAUGUAUUUUUUCUAUUAAGUUAUAUAUUCCUCAAAUAACUACAGUGAACUAUAUAAAUGUUAGGUUCGCAAAUGUAACGGGUGGCAACCUGGACGUACUUCUAGUUAAUUUUAAUUAAAUAUUAGACAAGAUAAUAUCGAAAAACUGUUUAUUAUUUCGAAAAGAGUUGCCAAUAUAGAUGUUUUAGAUUCAUUUAUCGAUCGAUACGAUGGCGAUAGUCUGCAAAUUGGGCUGUAAAAUGAAAAGGCAAUGUACUGUGGUAAAAUACGAAUUACACUAGAAAUACCGUGAUUCUUUUUUAUCUUAUUUAGGCAAGAAAUCAAAUUUAAGGCGAAACGGUUGAUCAUUUCGUCCGUCAGUUUUUCUUUUUCUACGUUUGGGCAACAACUUUCAACAUUUGUGACAAUAAUGGUUCUGACAUGGACGGACAAGUCCAUACUUACACCUUACCAUCUGAUCACAAUGAUGUUGCUCUUUGCAAACAUCAACGAUGUAGUUCUUUUCGAAAUCCCACUGUCAACUCAUUUUACGACGAACAUAAUUAUGGCGCUUACUCGGAUACAGCGUUUCCUGGAAAGCUAUGAUUUCAUGGAUGCCACGACCGAUGAGAAUCGAGUUCCUGCAGGUGACCAGUCAGAAUGUGUUGAACAGUCAACUCAUGAAGAGAUGAAAGCUUCGGGGCAUUUAAACUGUACUCCCUACGUUUGGCUAGAUAAUGUGUCAUGUAAUUUACCGACAUCAGGGGUUUCAAAUCUUCAGGAAAACAGUGUAUCACUGUUAAAGGACAUUUCUUUUAAGAUAUCAUCAAAGGGAUUGGUUAUUAUCACUGGUUCUGUCGGUAGUGGAAAGUCGUCAUUGCUUGCAUGCAUUCUUAAUAAAGAACUUCGUAUUACCAAGGGAACAAUAAAGCGUUCUGGAAACAUCGCCUAUGUUUCAGAUAAACCGUGGGUAUUUCCAGGCACCAUUCGACAGAAUAUAUUAUUCGGUUCAGCAUAUGAUGAAAAAUGGUAUUUAGAAAUUAUCGAAGCUUGCCAGUUGGAAAAAGAUCUUAAGGGAUUCCCGGAAUUGGACUUGUCUCGUAUUGGAGAACACGGUGCAACAUUGAGUGGUGGACAGCGGGCACGCCUAGCCCUGGCACGCGCGGUUUAUUCACGGGCCGAUAUAUAUCUAAUGGACGAUCCUUUAAGUUCUUUAGAUGCCAAGAUCGCAGAAAAUAUUUUUAAAAAUGUUUUAAAAAGAAUGUUAUCAGAACGGAUUGUGUUCUUAGUCACGCACAAACAUUUCAAUGAAGCUGACUACAUCAUAAUGUUGGAUAAAGGUAUGAACUUACAGUCUUCAAAUUAUAUCUAUACUAUAAUUUUGUGCAUUGAAGAUAUUAAUUUUAUAGAUGUUCGAGUACAAUCCACAUUGUCCUUUGCAGAUAACAAACACGGAAUAGCCAAAACUGACAAAAAUGUUUAAGUUAUUGAAAACAAGCAAAAGAGAUACUUUCUGUUUUGCAUUAACCAAAACAGUGGUCACCCUGGCUGGCUACUCAAUUUGAAGUAAAUAAAUGUAAUGUUGGCGGUCAUCUAUUCAUGCAAACUCGCAUGGCGUAAAAAUACAAAACAUCAGAAUUUAACCCAAUAGAUUACUGAAACCACUAAAUAUUUUGACAAACUACAAAAGAACGGUAAUUCCGAAUAGAAACAAGGAAAUUUAUGUCUCGUACAUCAUUAGAUAUUCAUAGCAUUUCGGCCAAUGAUAUGGCGUAAUUUACAUCACGUGUAUCUAUCUGUAUACCCGUCUAGACCAGGACUUUAAUUACUUCAAGUGGGAAGGGCUUUGAACAAUGGGGAAGUUGAGGGGUACAUAACUGAUUAUAUAUAAAUAUAUUUAAUUGCUAUGUUCAGAAUUAUUUCUAAAUUCAGUAACAUGUAUUUAGAAAUUUUUUCUAUCUACACUUUAUACAUCUAACACUUUUUCUGAACGUUUGAAAACUACAUAAAUAUACGAAAAGGAAAAUUAAGAUUUUUACCAACUAUCAUAAUAAACAGCGCUUUAAGUACUACAGCAGUAAUACACCAACUUACCAGUAAUGUUUACCGUCUAAUAUAUAUUCACGUCGGCUCUUUCAUUUUCCACCAGAUAGAGCCUUAUCGUACACACAAUCUGAUAUAUCGUUUUUUCGGAUCUCCAUCCUUGUCAGCGAUGGCGAAUGGCUUUCUUUACAUUUUCAGUACUGUGCUCAACACUUUCUGGUUCUCGAAACCGCUUUUUCUAAUAUUAUAAGAAGAUGCCAUGCUCUAUUGCCAACAAAAUGAAUCUAUUCAUGACGAAAGCGAAUUGAAUGCUUCGCUACACUUGACACUUCAUGCAAACUUUAAAGCGAAUGCAAUCUUUAAUGUCCCACGCUCACAUUUUUGAAUAUCUAAUCAUUUCAUGCCUCAUUUUUAUGAAUAUCUAAUGAUGUAUAACAAGCAAUUUCAAAUCUUCGUUAGUGUUUUAAACUUGGCUUCCAAAUCCCCUGUGCCAAAGUUCAAAUAUUUCUGCGAGCACGUGCAAGCCGAAUGAAAGUCUAAAUGAUGGAAUGUCCAACUACAACUUUCCUUGCGCAGCCACAAUGCGAUUCCAAAUCAAAUCCUGUGUUAACAAAAAAAGACUCAAUUGUCCAGAACGCUAUAUUUGAAGAAGAAAAUUGAAUAUCUCAGGGAAUUGGAUUCGUUUGCUUAAUAUUUUAACUAAGUAUCGCGUUUUCUAACAAUUCCAUUUUUUUAAUAAUACAGAUUCAUCAUUAAAAAAUAAGACCGAAUAUAAAAUAUUCCUAAAAUAACAAAAUGAUUUGUACGAGCAUUUUCUCUACCACCUGCGAUAUUGACGACGAUAAUAAUUAUACAAUAUGAUUUUGAUGCAGGUGCAGUUUUAGCUCAGGGAACAGUGGAAGAAGUAAAAAAGGAGAUCCCAGAGAAUAAUGAGAACACUGUAGAACAUAUUGAUGACGAUCUUUAUCAUGUGGAAGAUGGCGAUGAUUCAGCACAAACUGAACAGUUACGUGAAGCAGAAGAAGAUCGCCAGGUUGGAAAUGUUUCCAUCAAAAUUCAUGCAAAGUAUUUCACGCAUGGAGCGCCAGUGACAAUUCUAUUUCUGAUUUUAUUGGCAAUUGUAGCGGGACAAGGUAAAACCUAAUGCAGAACAAUAUAAUCGAAUCAGCUCAUUGAACGUUUGUUUACAUCAUUGCCAGCUACUUUACAAUUUUUGAGCCAGCUUCUAUUGUUCUACUUUAUCAGAACAUAGAAAACAAUUGCAACAGAAGUAAGUUCUGAGCCUUCGUAAACUGGGACAAUAGUGGUUAGGUUUGUGAGCUUUCUGUAGUUGUUGUGCGACUUGGUGCGACCAUGGAUAAUAAAGUAAAUGGAUAGGAAACUAGCUGACGUGACCUAAUGUUUUAAAUGGGCUGAUGGCGUGGUUGGAUGUCCCAACCUAGUUGAAAACCAAAUUCUCAAAAACAGCAUGAUUAUAGCAAUAAUACAGCUAAACAUUUUAGUCAAAGAGCAAAUAAAUAUAAUCACGCCAUUCUACGAUGAAAACUCUAAGUAUUCCGAGCCAAUUUUAGCACAUUUUUCAAGCACUAAUCAGUGAAAAAUAAAUCGCAAAUUUCGUUAAAAUUGGUGACGCCAAUUUCGUAGCUACAAAUGUAAAAAAAAAUACAAAACAAAGACGAAAAACAUUUACCUUGAAUACUUUGUCGUGGCUUAGGCAUGUUUUUAAAACGAUUAGACCAGUUCAUGCUUCAAUAUCACCCUUUUAAAGUGGAAAAUAUAGCAAAACAACAAAAAUGUCGAUAACUUUGGUAAAAUUCGCAAUACGCGUGACGUCACGUUUUUCAACAAGGAUGCGGUCAAUGACGUCAGAAGUUUCCUAUCCAGUUAUUUUACAAUCCAUGGUGCGACUUUGACACUGGGAAGCUGCACCACAUAAUCCAUAGUAUAUCCAUACUAUUUUGAUACUAUAUCCAUAGUAUGGAGAUAUGCAAUUAUUAUGGAUAACUAAAAUCCAUUCUAUUUCCAAUAAAGGUCCAUACAAUUUCUAUUCUAUGACCAAUUCUAUCGAUUUCAAAAUUUUUUUCCAGUGUAUGCGAAUUAAGACUAUUUUUAGUACCCGCGAGUAGGCUUUGGAAUAGAACAAUAUAAAUGAUCUGGGCAAAAAAAUUCAUUAUUAUUAAAAUUUCGAUUGGUACGUAUUGUACGUACUAUAUUGAAAUAUUUUCUUGCCAAUUAUUUUUAAUCGCUUUGUUUUUGCUAGGAUUGAUCUUGUGGGUGGACAUUCAAGUGUCAUCAUUACCACAUUUGGCAAACCAGACAGACAAGUUUCACACAGCGUUAUAUGUAUAUCCAAUAUCUUUGAUUGCUGCUGUAUUAGUCACCACCCUUGCGAAAUGUUGCAUUUUUCUCGUACCGAUUAGAGCAAACUACAAACUCCACAACAAAAUGGUAUCUUGUCUCCUUCAAGUUCCAAGUCAUUUUUACGCCGUAAACCCACCUGGUCGUAUUCUGAACAGAUUGUCGCAAGACAUCAACAAUCUAGACGAUCUUCUGCCAUUUUAUUUGGUCAAUUUCUUUCACGAUGCGGCGCUUUGCCCGGGAGCUAUUAUCUUGUGUUUGAUAAGCAACACUUUAAUUCUGCGAUGGACAUCAAACGUUUAAUGUCUCAAGCUGGCAGUCCGCUGUAUUCUCACUUUUCAAACACCAUGGAGGGAUUGAGGAUUAUUCGCGUGCAUAAUAGACAGAAAGAAUUCACAAAAGUUUUGCUGAGGUAUGAAAUAGCGAUAUUUGAACAUUGUUGGCCUUCAAGUCCGAAAACUUGA